CUAUGUUUUGUUCUCAAACUUUCUAUGCUUUGUUUUCUCACAAAAUCAAUCAAGUCUUUCUUUAUUUUUCUGGAUAACAAUAAAAUUAAUACUCCACAUGUAUAAUUAUUCUUAAAAGAAGAUGAUUACUUUAGAAUUAAUGCUUUUUUCCCAAAUUUCUCUGCUAAUUAUCCUUUCACAAACAACACAAUAAUUGCGCCUGCCAUCAUUUCGUAACCACAAAAACAAACUUGAAAAAAAUGUCAUCUUUGCUCUGUGUCGUAGCCCUAUAGGCAAACUCCAGUAGACCCUUCAAAAGAAUUAUCGUUCCCAAUAAACUUCACCUUGCUUUCAAGAAUCACGCUCUCGUUAUUGUUUUCAUGGGCCAUUGAACUGAGUUCUUGUCCUGGUGUAAAGGUUUAAGGGUAAAAUGGCUUAUCAAAGAAGGGGGGCUGAUGGGCCACCGCAGAGGCGGAUUCUGCGGACUCAGACUGCAGGUAAUUUGGGGGAGUCAAUGGACAGUGAGGUGGUGCCCUCUUCUCUGGUUGAGAUUGCGCCAAUUCUUCGUGUUGCCAAUGAGGUUGAGCCUAUCAAUCCUCGUGUUGCUUACCUGUGCCGUUUCUAUGCGUUUGAGAAAGCUCACCGUCUAGAUCCAACAUCAAGCGGUCGUGGAGUUCGUCAGUUCAAAACUGCUCUUCUUCAACGCCUUGAACGAGAAAAUGAGACAACAUUAACAGCAAGAAAAGGAAGUGAUGCACGUGAGAUGAAGAAUUUUUAUCAGCUUUACUACAGGAAGUAUAUUGAGGCUUUGCAAACCGCUGAUAAAGCAGACCGUGCUCGACUUACAAAAGCAUACCAAACAGCUGCGGUGCUGUUUGAAGUCUUGAAGGCAGUAAAUCUCACAGAAGCUAUAGAAUUGGAUGAUGAGAUAUUGGAAAAGCACACUGUGGUCAAAGAAAAGACCCAAAUAUAUGUGCCUUACAAUAUCCUUCCUCUUGACCCAGAAAGUUCACAUCAAGCAAUCAUGAGAUACCCAGAGAUUCAAGCUUCUGUUGCUGCACUUCGUAAUACAAGAGGUCUUCCAUGGCCAAAGGGAUACAACAGAAAAGCUGAUGAAGACAUUUUAGAUUGGCUUCAGGCUAUGUUUGGUUUUCAGAAGCAUAGUGUGGCGAACCAGAGGGAGCAUCUGAUUCUAUUGCUUGCUAAUGUACAUAUCAGGCAACCCAAACCUGAUCACCAGCCCAAGUUGGAUGAUAGGGCACUUACAGAAGUUAUGAGGAAGCUUUUCAAAAACUACAGGAAGUGGUGCAAGUAUCUCGGUCGCAAGAGUAGCCUAUGGUUGCCAACUAUCCAGCAAGAAGUUCAGCAACGGAAGUUACUAUAUAUGGGUCUAUAUCUUCUUAUUUGGGGAGAAGCUGCAAACUUGCGAUUCAUGCCUGAAUGUCUAUGCUACAUAUAUCAUCAUAUGGCAUUUGAACUGUAUGGCUUGCUUGCUGGAAGUGUUAGUCCAACGACGGGUGAGCAUAUUAAACCUGCCUAUGGUGGUGAUGAAGAGGCCUUUCUGAAGAAAGUUGUAACUCCCAUUUACAACGUGAUUGCCAAGGAAGCUUUGCGUAUUAGAGGAGGAAGAUCUAAGCAUUCUCAAUGGAGAAAUUAUGAUGAUUUGAACGAAUACUUCUGGUCAGUUAAUUGUUUCAGACUAGGUUGGCCAAUGCGUGCUGAUGCUGAUUUCUUCUGCCUUCCCAUAGACAAUAUCAAUGCAGACAGAAGCGAGGAUAGAGAAUCCGUUCAAGCAGAUCGAUGGAUAGGAAAAAUCAACUUUGUUGAAAUACGUUCUUUUUGGCACUUAUUUAGGAGUCACGAUAGGAUGUGGAGCUUCUUUAUUUUAUGCCUACAGGCAAUGAUCAUAAUUGCCUGGAAUGGAUCUGGUGAUAUAAGUGCUGUAUUUGAAACUGAUGUGUUCAAGAAAGUAUUAAGCAUUUUCAUCACAGCAGCAAUUCUGAAACUUGUGCAAGCGGUUCUUGAUAUCAUUAUGAGCUGGAAAGCAAGGAUGAGUAUGUCACUGCAUGUAAAGCUGAGAUACGUACUAAAGUUUGUUUCUGCAGCAACAUGGGUGAUUGUAUUACCUGUGACAUAUGCAUACAGUUGGAAAAAUCCUUCUGGAUUCGGACAGACCAUUAAGGGAUGGUUUGGUGGAGGUGGUUCGGGUUCCCCUUCUUUGUUCAUGAUUGCGGUUUUUAUCUACUUAUCUCCAAAUAUGCUCUCUGCUUUGUUAUUUUUAUUUCCUUUGAUCCGAAGGAAUCUUGAAAGAUCAGAUUACAGAGUUGUAAGGCUCAUGAUGUGGUGGUCACAGCCUCGGCUCUAUGUUGGAAGGGGAAUGCAAGAGAGCACAUUUUCUGUGGCCAAGUACACUAUCUACUGGGUUCUCCUUUUGGCAGCAAAGUUGGCAUUUAGCUUUUAUGUAGAGAUAAAGCCUCUCGUACGUCCAACUAAAGAAAUCAUGAAGAUCCAUAUAGGCAAAUAUCAGUGGCAUGAGUUCUUCCCUCAAGCAAAAAAGAACAUUGGGGUCGUGAUUGCUCUAUGGGCUCCCAUUAUUAUUGUAUACUUUAUGGACACUCAGAUUUGGUAUGCUAUCUUUUCCACCAUAUUUGGAGGUAUAUAUGGGGCAUUUCGUCGUCUUGGAGAGAUUCGAACAUUGGGAAUGCUUAGGUCUCGCUUUGAGUCACUGCCUGGUGCUUUUAAUGCUUUCUUGAUUCCGGUAGAAAAAGAUGAAAAGCCAAAGGGACUAAGAGCCACAUUCUCCCGCAAAUUCCCUGAGAUCCAUUCUAAUACGGAUAAGGAGGCAGCAAAGUUCUCUCAGAUGUGGAACAAAAUAAUUGAAAGUUUUAGGGAGGAGGAUCUAAUAAAUAACAAGGAAAUGAAUCUACUACUCGUUCCAUAUCGUGCUGACCGUGAGUUGGACCUUAUUCAGUGGCCUCCUUUUUUACUUGCUAGCAAGCUUCCUAUAGCUCUUGAUAUGGCAAAAGAUAGCAACGGGAGAGAUAAGGAGCUUAAUAAGAGAUUGAACACCGACCCAUACAUGCGAUGUGCUAUUCGUGAAUGCUAUGCUUCUUGUAAAAACAUCAUCAACUUGUUGGUACUCGGAGAACAUGAGAAAGUGGUUAUAGAUGAGAUAUUUACCAAAGUUGAUUACCACAUAGGUCAGGGUAAUCUCUUGAAGGAACUUAACAUGAGUGCACUUCCAAACCUCUAUAAACAAUUUGUGGAGCUGAUAGAAAUUUUGAGUAAAAAUAUAAAAGAGGACAGAGAUCAACUGGUUAUUGUCUUGCUUAAUAUGCUCGAGGUUGUAACAAGAGACAUAAUGGAAGAUUCUGUUCCUAGUAUGCUAGAUUCUAGCCAUGGUAAUUCCUAUGGGAUGGAUCAGGGGAUGACCCCACUUGAUCAACAACAUCAGUACUUUGGGAGUGUUAAUUUUCCAAUAAUAAAAGAAACAGAGGCAUGGAAAGAGAAGAUUGGGCGGCUCCAUCUCCUGCUCACAGUGAAGGAAUCUGCUAUGGAUGUUCCAUCUAAUAUAGAAGCCAGGAGGCGCAUUUCAUUCUUCUCAAACUCAUUGUUUAUGGACAUGCCUCUUGCUCCCAAAGUCCGGAACAUGCUCUCCUUUUCCAUCUUAACUCCUUAUUACGAUGAAGAGGUUAUCUUCUCUGUUGAUUUGCUGGAAAAGCCAAAUGAAGAUGGUGUGUCAAUACUCUUUUAUCUUCAAAAGAUUUUCCCAGAUGAAUGGGAAAAUUUUCUGGAACGAGUUGGAUGCCACAGUGAAGAUGAUCUCAAGGGAACUCCAGAACUGGAGGAAGAGCUUCGGUUAUGGGCAUCGUAUAGAGGCCAAACAUUGACCAAAACUGUCCGGGGUAUGAUGUACUAUCGGCAAGCUUUGGAGCUUCAGGCUUUCUUAGAUAUGGCAAAGGAGGAAGAUUUGAUGAAAGGGUACAAGGCUGCCGAACUGAAUUCGGAGGAACAAGUAAAAAAUGAAAAUUCGUUACUAACGCAAUGCCAAGCUGUGGCAGACUUGAAGUUCACGUACGUAGUGUCCUGCCAACAGUAUGGAACUCAGAAAAGAUCUGGUGAUCGCCGCGCAACAGAUAUUUUAAAACUCAUGACAAAGUAUCCAUCACUCCGGGUAGCUUAUGUCGACGAGGUUGAAGAAACAGGUGGAGAUAAGCACAGAAAAAAGGUUGAGAAAGUGUACUAUUCAUCUCUCGUAAAAGCUAUGCCAAAGUCUGUUGACUCAUCGGAGCCAGAUCAGAAGUUGGACCAGGUUAUUUACAGGAUAAAACUUCCUGGAAAUGCCAUAUUGGGUGAAGGCAAACCAGAGAAUCAAAACCAUGCUAUAAUAUUCACCCGUGGUGAAGGCUUGCAAACCAUUGACAUGAACCAGGACAACUACAUGGAAGAAGCUUUCAAAAUGAGAAACCUAUUGCAAGAGUUCCUCAAAACGCAUGGUGUCAGGAAACCAACAAUUCUCGGACUUAGAGAACACAUAUUUACUGGCAGUGUAUCUUCACUUGCCUGGUUCAUGUCAAAUCAAGAGAAUAGUUUUGUGACUAUUGGCCAGCGAUUGUUGGCCGAUCCACUGAAGGUUCGUUUCCAUUACGGUCACCCGGAUGUAUUUGAUAGAUUGUUUCACCUGACAAGAGGGGGUGUCAGCAAAGCUUCUAAGAUCAUCAACUUAAGCGAGGAUAUAUUUGCAGGUUUCAAUUCCACACUUCGUGGAGGCAAUGUUACUCAUCAUGAAUACAUGCAAGUGGGUAAAGGAAGAGAUGUUGGCCUCAAUCAAAUCUCACUUUUUGAAGCAAAGAUAGCUUGUGGAAAUGGGGAGCAGACUGUGAGCCGUGAUAUUUACAGGCUAGGACAUCGCUUCGACUUCUUUCGCAUGCUGUCAUGCUAUUUCACGACAGUUGGCUUCUAUUUUAGCACUUUGCUUACUGUGCUCACGGUCUAUGUGUUUCUAUAUGGGCGUCUUUAUCUCGUUUUAAGUGGGCUUGAACAGGAGUUAAGUAACCAUCCAGCAAUACGAGACAACAAACCUCUUCAAGUUGCUCUUGCUUCACAGUCCUUUGUGCAAAUUGGGCUGUUAAUGGCUUUGCCUAUGAUGAUGGAGAUAGGGCUCGAGCAGGGUUUCCGUCAUGCAUUGACUGAUUUUAUUCUGAUGCAACUGCAACUUGCUCCUGUAUUUUUCACAUUUUCUCUAGGAACAAGGACUCAUUACUAUGGUAGGACUUUGCUUCAUGGAGGUGCACGAUAUAUGGCCACAGGUCGAGGAUUUGUCGUGUUCCAUGCAAAGUUUGCUGAAAACUACAGAUUGUAUUCACGGAGCCACUUUGUCAAGGGAAUUGAACUAAUGAUUUUACUGCUUGUUUAUCACAUAUUUGGACGAACAUACAGGGGUGUGGUUGCGUACGUGUUGAUUACCGUGUCUGUAUGGAUUUUGGUGGGCACAUGGCUCUUUGCUCCAUUUCUCUUUAAUCCUUCUGGUUUUGAAUGGCAAAAAAUAGUCGAUGACUGGACGGAUUGGAUUAAAUGGAUGAAUAAUCGGGGAGGUAUUGGAGUGCCUCCUGAAAAGAGUUGGGAAUCAUGGUGGGAGAAAGAGCAAGAGCAUCUCUUGCACUCUGGAACACGUGGUACAAUAUUCGAGAUAUUGCUGUCGAUACGUUUCUUCAUUUAUCAGUAUGCACUUAUUUAUCAUCUGAGCUUCACCAAGAAACACGAUAGCAUUCUGAUAUACGGUCUUUCUUGGCUGGUCAUCUUCGCAGUCCUCCUAAUUGUAAAGGUUGUUUCGUUAGGCAGGCGGCAAUUCAGUGCUGAUUUUCAGCUCGUGUUUCGGAUGAUCAAGGGCUUCAUCUUUCUUUCAUGUCUUUCUGUUCUAAUCACGCUAAUCGCUCUUCCUCACAUGACUUUCCAAGACGUUAUAGUUAGCAUCCUUGCAUUUAUGCCAACUGGAUGGGGUUUACUUCUGAUUGCUCAAGCUACGAAACCAUUGGUGGUUAGGCUUGGAAUCUGGGGUUCAGUGCGGACGCUUGCACGGGGUUAUGAAAUGGUAAUUGGGUUGCUAUUAUUCACUCCGGUUGCAUUCUUGGCGUGGUUCCCUUUUGUGUCCGAGUUCCAGACUCGGAUGCUGUUCAACCAAGCCUUCAGCAGAGGUCUGCAGAUAUCGCGUAUUCUUGGUGGACCGAAGAAGGAUCGUUCCUCCAGCAAUAAAGAGUAAGUGAAGCUGGACAUUGUUUGUCUGGAAUGGAAGUCUGUAAUAGAAGAGAAGUUGGCCUCUUCCAACCUGUGGAAAAAGGAUCACCUGCUCUAGUGUGCAUAUAGCAGUUUAGAUUGUGCUAUCUAGUAAUUGUUGGCUGCUGUUUUGUAUAGCCAACUCCAAUGAUUAGGGUUUUGGCAUCCUCAAGACUCAAAUCUUAGUUAUUGGUGAAUCUAUUUUGGGUGAAAUGGUUAGACGUGUAUGUGUUUUGGCUUCUCUACUAGGGUUGAACAUUCCGUUA